UGAACUUGCUGGACACGUCAACAAUCCCUGGGGACUGGGGCUGGAUGACUUAUCCCUCGCAUGGGUGGGAUUCGAUCAAUGAAAUGGACGAGUUUUUUAGCCCCAUCCACACCUACCAGGUCUGUAAUGUCAUGACCCCCAACCAGAACAACUGGCUACGGACCAACUGGGUUCAACGGGACGGCGCGCGGCGGGUCUAUGCAGAGAUUAAAUUCACGCUGCGGGACUGUAACAGCAUGCCGGGCGUGCUGGGCACCUGCAAGGAGACCUUCAACCUCUACUACCUGGAGUCCGACCGGGACCUGGGCACCAGCACCCGCGAGAGCCAGUUUAUGAAGAUCGACACCAUCGCAGCGGAUGAGAGCUUCACCAAUGUGGACCUGGGGGUGAGGCGCCUGAAGCUGAACACGGAGGUGCGGGGCGUGGGGCCACUGAGCAAGAGGGGUUUCUACUUGGCCUUCCAGGACAUAGGCGCUUGCAUCGCCAUCGUUUCAGUGCGAGUGUACUACAAGAAGUGUCCAGCAACAGUGAGGAACUUGGCAUCCUUCUCUGAGGCUGUGACUGGGGCAGACUCAUCCUCCUUGGUGGAAGUGCGGGGAGAGUGUGUGGGCCAUUCGGAGGAGAGGGAUACCCCCAAAAUGUACUGCAGUGCCGAGGGAGAAUGGUUGGUGCCCAUCGGGAAGUGCGUUUGCAGUGCUGGCUACGAGGAGCAGCGGGAUUCCUGCAUGGCCUGCCAGCUGGGGUUUUACAAGUCGGCCCCUGGGGACCAGCUCUGUGCCAAGUGCCCCUUGCACAGCCACUCGGAGAGCCGGGCUGCCCGCGUGUGCCGCUGUGACAGCAGCUUCUACCGGGCCCUGCAGGACCCCCCCUCGGCCGCCUGCACACGCCCCCCCUCUGCUCCCGUGAACCUGAUCUCCAGCGUCAAUGGCACCUCG